AAGCGUUAUCGCCAGGGAACCCUUUCGGUUUCUCGGAUUCUCCGCUUAGCUGUGGCGCCUGGGUGCGCGCGCACGACAAAAGAGCUUGAAGAAAACGCGCGCGCGCGCGCUCUGUUCGCUCCCCCCCUUUCCCCCUCCUCCUUCCCUCCCCCUCCAGAGUCCAAGAUGGCGGAGGCUGGUGAGGAGGCACAGGCUUCCCCGGUAGUUCCCUGUUCGGUGGGCUCCUGGCCGGAUUUCGCCGUGGUCUGCUCGUUCCUGGAGCGCUAUGGGAGUUCCCUGGACCUGCCCGAGCUCACCUUCCCGGAGCUGGAGGAGGCGCUGGAAGAGACCGGGGCAGUCGCAAAGCCAUUGGUGGAACUACAUUUGAAACUGUUGAGGAAAAUUGGCAAAUCAGUCACAAUAGAUAGAUGGGAAAAGUACUUAAUCAAGGUGUGCCAAGAAUACAACAGCACUUGGGCCUGGGAGAUGGAGAAGAAAGGUUAUCAAGAGAUGAGCGUCGAGUCCAAAGUAGGGCUACUGAAGCAUCUCUGUGAGUGUCAGUUUGAUGACAAUUUGAAGUUCAAGAAUGCCAUUAAUGAAGAAGAUGGUGAUGCUAUGCGCCUCCAGCCUAUUGGUAGGGAUAAGGACGGUCUGAUGUAUUGGUUUCAACUGGAUCAGGAUCACAACAUCCGCAUGUACAUAGAGGAGCAAGAUGACCAAGAUGGUUCCACAUGGAAAUGCAUUGUCAGGACUAGGAAUGAGUUUGCAGAAACCCUGGAACUGCUGAAAGCACAAAUAGACCCUGCCUUGCUAAAGAAAUCCGAACCAGAAGAAGGCUCAUCUCGUGCAAGUCCUAACCCAGAGCAGGAUGAAAUUAAGAAAGAAAACAGGGAGGGAGCACCAGAGGAUGAUCAUAUUAAGGAAGAAAAGCCGGAUGAAACGAGUCCGCAGUCUCCACCCAACUGUAAGGAGGCAGAUCAAAGUAAUGGCCUUAAAACAGAAGACGAUCGACCUUUACAAUCAUCGUUGCAAAUAAAGACCGAGCCUGUUUCAGAUAUGGAGACAGACAAACAAAUUGCCAAAGAAGAAAAUGACUCCUUCAAGGAGAAUGUAAAGCCUGUAAAAGAGGAUAGAACAGCACCAAAGGAACCCAAAGAGAGCACAGAUAGGGUAACGCCAUCUCAUGAACCCGAAAGGGCUGAAAUAUCAGUGAUCGUAAAACAUGCAGAUGAUCACGUAGAGAAGACGGUGGAGGAAACUGAGAGGAUGAAGAAUGACCAGCAAGCGAAGAUUCCUUUGAAAAAACGGGAACUGAAACUGACAGACGAUUUUGAUAGCCCUGUUAAAACCUCCCUUUGCAGAUCUGUCACUCCUUCAAAAGAUCCAUUGCUUAAAGAUGAUGGGAAACAAGAAGAGGACCAUGUUAAGACCAGUUUAAGUACUGGACCUGAUGGGAAGCAUCUGGUUAAUGGUGAAAUGAACUGUGAAAAAACAAUGCACAAAACAAAGGUGAGCCAAGUAGAGAAUAAAACCAACGUUGUAAAAGACAUUGUUAGUGGCACCAAGGAAGCAAAUGGUAUCUUAAACGAGAGAAAAAACUCUGGAGUUAUCAGAAUUAUUCAUGGCUCCAAAGAGUCUAGCAAGGCCCCUACCAUUGGCAGCUUAGAAAAAGACAUUGAUAUUAACUCUGUAACACCAUCAGAUGAAAAACCGGAGCAAAAAGCACUGUCAAAGGAACCUCCAGAUGGCACUGAGCAGAGUGAAACCAAGGAUAGAGGAGUAACCACGAAAGAACCAGCAGUUGAAUCCAGUGAAGUUAAGUCAACUGUAGCCAAGGAGACAUCACAAAGAGAGAAAAAGGAUGCAGUGACCGAUAAAGGCCCACUUUUAGAAAUACCAGAAGAAGGAAGUGAAACAAAAAGCAUUCCCCAGAAUGUGAUAGAGGAUCAAUGCAAAUCAGAAAAACCAAAGGUAGAGCCUGAACAAAAAACGGAGUCUGUUAAACCCGUUAAAGAGGAAACUACAGACAAUCCUGGGGUUGAGACAGAAUCCUUUAUCAUAACAGACAUGGAAACAACAAACAAGCCCAGAAAACCAGAGACCUCUAGAAAAGCUGCUACAGAUGCAAAUAAUUCAACACUAGAAGAACCUUCUGAAAGCAAACCCAAGGGGCAAGAUGAGGAGAAUGUCCCCGAAUCUCAAAAAACAGAAUCUUUAAAAUGUAAAUCUGAAGAUAAAGCCGUUCCAAAAGAAAGCAGUGACUGCAAUGUGGUUGAAUCUACCCAGAAAAAGAGAGAACAACCAGAUAAAACUCCAGUUGAGGAAGUGGAGAAGGUCUCCAAUACGGAGAAACAGCCUUCAAAGAGUAGAUCUAGAUAUAAGCAUGAGCCAGAGGAUGAGAACAGUGAGACAGAAGGUCAGGAAACCACAUCAGAAAGGCAUAAACACGGAAUAAAGUUGACAAUCCGAACUAUCCGGGUGGCCGGCAAGAACAGGAGACUUGAGCUACCAGAGCUGCAGGAAGCUGAAGCAGAAGAAAGUAUCGGUCGGACAUUGAGGCGUUCCCCUCGAAUUUCGCGCCCUUCAGUGACGCCUGCUGCUGAGGUUAAAGAUCGAAAGCCAGAAAAGAAAUUAAGCGACGAGGAAGACAAGCCUGCUUUUCAGAGGUUAGAGAAAGAUGACGAGAGAAAGACGGAUAAAGAUUCCAGCCAAAAAAUAAAGAAGAACAAACCAAGGCAAAGGAGGCGAGCUCGCUGGACCAACUCUCGGUCGCGGCGGAGACGCAAAUCUUCCAGUGAUGAUGAAAGCGAGGAAUCUGACAGUGAGGAGGACUCCGAAGAGGAUUCAGAAGAGGACAAGGAAGAUGGUGCCCCCGGUGAAGAUGAUGAGCCUUGCAAGAAGUGUGGCCUCCCCAACCAUCCCGAAUUGAUUUUGUUGUGUGACUCCUGUGACAGUGGAUAUCAUACAGCUUGCCUUCGGCCACCCCUGAUGUUGAUUCCAGACGGAGAAUGGUUCUGUCCUCCAUGCCAACAUAAGCUACUGUGUGAAAAACUGGAAGAGCAGUUACUGAAUUUAGACGUUGUUCUGAAGAAGAAGGAGCGAGCAGAGAGGAGGAAAGAACGGUUAGUUUACGUUGGAAUCAGCCUCGAGAACAUCAUCCCGACUCAAGAACCAGAGGAGGUGCCGGAGGUACAGGAAAAAGAAGAGAAGAAGAAAAAGAAAACAAAGUCAUUGGAAAGACGGUCCACGAGAGCGAGAAAGUUUAUAAGCUACAGGUUCGAUGAAUUUGAUGAAGCGAUCGAUGAAGCAAUAGAAGAUGAUAUCAGAGAUGCAGAUGGAGGGGUUGCUAUUGGUCGAGGGAAGGACAUAUCCAACAUCACUGGGCACCGAGGAAAGGACAUUUCCACUAUUUUGGAAGGGGAAAAGACAGAAGGAAAACGGCCACAGAGGGCAGUCACACAACGUAAAAAACGCAGACGGCUGAAUGACUUGGACAGCGAUAGCAACAUGGAAGAGGAGGAGAGUGAAGACGAGUUCCAGAUCAGCGAGGGGUCUCAGGAUGAGUUUGUGGUGUCGGAUGAAAAUGCAGAAGAGAGUGAAGACCCACAAUCAAACGACAGUGAUAUUGGCGCACGUAAGCCAAGGAGGCACUACAGACAACCAGUGAGGAAAAGUAGGCGCAUAAAGAAGCGAUCUACGAGGCGCAGAUAUUCAGAUGAUGAUGACGACGACGAUGAUGAGGACUCUGAUGAUGAGGAGGCGCAGGAGUCUGAAACUGAAGGGUCCAGCGAUUAUAGCGACGAUUAUCUGGAUACUCGCAGGAGGCGAUCACGGAGGAACCAAAAACAACAGGUCAAUUACAGAGAAGAGUCCGAAAGCGAAGGCUCACAGAAAGCAGCUCGUUAUGGCAGAGGCAAAGAGAUGAGGAGGAUACUCAAGCGUAGGCUUUCCAGCUCUGACAGCAAUGCAAGCGACUACUCCAAAGACUCUGAUGAUGGCCUUCUACAGAGGAGUAGGAAGCCAGCAGUGCGGAAACGAAUUAGAAGUUCCAAUGAUGACCAGUCUGAAGAGGAGGAGAAACCAGUGAAAAAACGACUCAAUCGUAUUGAGACGGACGAGGAUGAGGAUGAGGAGGAGGAAAAAACAAAAAACACAGAGGAAAAGCCUCCUACAGUAGAAAAACCCCCUGCCACAAGCACUCUCCAAGAAAGCACUAAAAAGCCUUACCGGAUAGAAAGUGAUGAUGACGAUGACUUUGAUAACGUAGGGAAAGAUGGAAGCCCGUUGGACUAUAGUUUGGUGGAUUUACCUUCCACCAAUGGACAAAGCCCAGGGAAAACCAUUGAAAGUUUGAUUGGGAGACCAAGUGAAAAAAAUCCAACUACUAAGGACCCCCCAGUCAAUAUCAGCCAGGCUUCCAAUGGGACAGGUUGUAACCAGGAAGCCCCCGUCCCAGAGGAAGAUGAAGAUGAACUCUUGCGAGUAACCGACCUUGUGGAUUACGUCUGUAACAGUGAACAGUUAUAAAACUCAUUUUUUUUUUUUGCAUUUGUGCUAAUUUAUUCCACAGUAGCUCAUACCAGCGGGCCAGAUCUAAACCGAAAACAAAGGCAAUUUUAUUCCUCCUAGAAAGACCUUCACUACAAAUUUUACCUUUUAUACAAGUGAACACUCGACCAGUCCCACGGUCUUUCUGUGAAGUGAACUCGCAAAGAUUAAUUUCUGUAAAUUUCCUCUUUUUUUCCAUUUUUUUUUUUUUUUUUUUUAUCACGAUCCUUUCAUUGCAUUUGUGGUCAAGGGGUUGUUUUACUGAUGGAAACCAACCUGGAAAAAAAAAAAAACUUUAAUGAAGAAAAAAAAAAACAUUUUUGUGGUUCUUCAUAAAAUGUGUUAAUAGGGAGUCGGACAAAAAAAAAGCAUUCCAUGUGUCCCGAAAAUACACAAUUAUUUUUCACUUUGGGGGGGCAGGGAGCAGAAUCCAACAUGGAGGACGGGAGGUAGCGCGGGAUGGGAGGUAGGGAUAAGCACUUGUUGCUUUUAGCUUUUUUCAUAUGAGAUAUAUAUUCUAUUUAAAUACUCAGUACUUAGGUUACGAUAAACAGGCAGUCAUAAUAAAAAUUACCAACUACUUAACUGUUGCUUUGUGAGUCCUAGAUAUACAAUUGGUCGCCCUGUUUUGUUUUUUUUGUUUUUUUUUUGUAAACCUAGUCUAGAAAAUAUGUAUAUUUAACCACUUCUGUGUCAGAAGGUCUUAUAAAAAAAACAGUGUUU